GGAAUUCUCCUUCGACUUCCCUCCCCUCCAAACUGUGCGACGCAUUACGAUUCACGACCUUACCUUUUCAAUAACUCUCUUGACGCGUAUAAACAAGGAAUAACGAUGGUCAAUGUGCACUGGAAUAGAGAGCGCUAUACAUUUCCUCUACCUCCACCUGAAACUCCGCUGAAGGCCAUUCGCGAAGCCAUCGCCAACAUAACUCAUCUUACCGACUUCAAAUUAAUUCAUAAGGGAGCGGUAAUGAAAGAUCCAGAAACACCCAUAUCCGCGUACCACAUUCGAGAGACAUCCACGAUAACUGUGAUUGAAAUCGGGCAACCACCGGUAGCCGCGCUUAAGCCAACCCCCCCUCCUCCGGCCGCUGUCCGUUCAGAACAAUCAGUAAUUUCUGCCAUCCAAUCUGAGCUUGCGACUGUCCGACAAGAUCUCUCUCCGGCUGUUGACAAGCUUCUUCUUUCGACACAACCCCAACCUAAAGAGCACUUGAGGCUAUCUGAGCUCUUGUUGCAGGCACUACUCAGACUAGAUGCGAUUUCUACAGGAGAGUGGGAGGAGGCGCGUAAGGAACGGAAAGUCGCCGUAAAAGAGGUCCAAGAACUCCUCGAUAGAUUAGAUUCAAGCUCACGGUCGUAA